UUAUUCAGGUGUGCACCUAAACCUUUUAUAGUAUGUACUUUUAUUGCUUACUGAACGGAACAAAUUAGUUUUUACAUUAAUCCAUGGACUGACCGUCACACACCGCUAGUACAUAUGGAAGAGGACCGAGCCAAUGAUAGUGUUGUGGGCGGGGCGAUACAUGUAGUCACGCCCCAAACACCUUUCGAGGCGAGUGAGGUGCUGAGAGUUCUGCUGAACGAAGACGGAAGCUGAAGAUGGUCGCUGAUAUAAACUGAGAUCACGAUGAUGCCUCGUCGACCGUAUGGAGACGCACGUCGCCGAUUUCUAGAAAACCAAAACGCCAAGUGCAGUGCACAGUCAAGAGCUGAAUGAAAUCAAGAGCCAUGAUCGCGAAAAAGAAUUCAUCCCAAAACAGAAGAACUACAAAGGCCGACAAGUCUUUUGCUUGCCUUGAGUGUGGAAAGAGCUACGCGCUACAAGGAAGCUUUAAAAAGCACCAGCUAAUUCAUAACGGUGAGAAGCACGAAUGCCCUCAGUGUGGAAAGAGCUUUGCACUAAAAAGCCACCUUAACAGACACGUUAAAAUACACACCGGGGAGAAACCUCACGCGUGUCGUCACUGCGGAAAGAGUUUUUCUCAAAAGAUUCAUCUCAGCCGCCAUCUGCGACGUCACGAAGAAACGCUCAGCUGUGAUCAGUGCGGAAAGAAGUUUAGAUCCUCAUCAUACCUCGACAAACACCUGCUGGUCCACGCGGUUGAGAGGCCGUACUUGUGCUCGGUGUGCGGAAAGAGUUUUUCACGGCUGGCCAACUGCAAGAAGCACCAGAAGAUCCAUUCUUCUGAGAGGAAUCAUACCUGCGUCGAAUGCGGAAAGACCUUCAUUACGCCCGAAUACCUGCGAAAGCAUCAGAAAACUCACACUACGAAAAGACCGUUCGCCUGCCCGCAGUGCGGUUACGGCUUCAGAGAGAAAAUCCACCUCAGCAAACACAUGAGGGUCCACACCGGAGAGAAGCCGCACACGUGCCGUCACUGUGGGAAGAGCUUCAUACAACCGUCGGGUCUCCGUUAUCACAUGCAUCUUCACUCCGGAGCGAAACCGUACAGCUGCGAUCAGUGCGGUAGAAGCUUCACAUCGCCGCCGCUUCUGAAAAAGGCACCUGUCGGUGCACACGGACGCGAGGCUCCAUAA